AUGGCAGACACGGCGGACGAAGCAGCGACAACCGUCUCAGAACCUCUCGACUUGGUCCGGUUGUCGCUUGAUGAAAUUGUCUUUGUUCGGCUACGAGGAGAUCGCGAGCUCAAGGGAAGAUUACACGCCUACGACAGCCACUGCAAUCUCGUACUCGGGGAGGUUGAGGAAUCAAUAUACACCAUCGAGGAAGAUGACGACGGAGAAGAGUCUGUAAAGGUCGGUACAACUUGGUAUUGGAAAAGCAUCCCCAGGCUUACAAGAGAUAAAGACGACGAGGAAACAGUCAGAUAUGCUGUUUGUGCGAGGCAUGUAUCUCCCAUCUGA